AUGAAGAAGCACCAGCCGCACUCGGUGCAGGGCACCUUCAGCCGCCUCUUCGGCAAGCGCCACUCCAGCCCCACCGCCGCCUCCCUGUUCGCCACCAACCCGCCCUGGAUCUUCACGCAGGAGGUGACCUCGGACAGCGCGGGUGGCACCGGUGACGUGAUCGAGGUCUAUUACGGUGACAAUCGCUUCGGGACAGUGACAGACUCUGGCACAGCCACGCUCAAGCCCCGUCCGAGGGUCCGGCCGCUGCUGACGUUCCUGCCCCUGAACGCCCAAGAAUCCCAUGGGGUGGCUGUGCCAACGCCGUCGGUGCCAGAAGACUUUGUGGAAAAGGCAGCUCUUGGCUCCGGCUCCCAGCUCAAUGGCAAUUAUCGCAUGUACAGCUCGGUGGGGGACCUGCGCCCGCAGGCCCUCGAUGGGGAUGACCUGGGUGAAGACAUCCCCCCACCGCCAUCGGUACCCGCUCCACCCCCUCCAGCGCCUGUGCCAGCCCCUCCAGCGCCUGUGCCAGCCCCUCCAGCGCCUGUGCCAGCCCCUCUGGCCUCGCCGGUCCCUCCACCCCCCGAAAUGCUGCCGCCGCCGCCGCCACUGCCACCCGAGAUGGUGCCACCACCUCCUGCCAUGGCAGCCCCGCCGCCUCCCGCCUCCGCCCUGUCCUCCCCCAGCACUCCGGCUCCUCCAGACUUCAUCCCGCCGGCCCCGCCGGGCGCCCGGGACCCCGCGCCCUUCGGCCCCGGCUUGUCCAAGUGGAAAUCCGAGACGGUGCUGAACACGAGGCAGGCGGAGGCCGAGGGGCCGCUCUGCCCUGCCGAGGCCGGGGCGCCCGCAGCCCCCAGCCCCAAGGAGAGCCUGCAGCCCAAGCCCGAGCCGCACCUCACCUUCCCCAGGUCGUUCAAGGUGCCGCCACCGGCCCCGGCGCGCUCCUCGUCCAUCCCGGUGCAGGAGGGCCAGCGGGAGCCCGUCCCCAGGCAGCCCCAUGCCCGGCCAGCCCUGCCACCCUGCUUCACCAUCAGACCCGCGGGCAAGACGCGGCUGGGAGAAGCCGAGCAGAGGAGCUCCGGGCUCAGACAGGGCGUUGGGAAGCCGGCUGUGCCCCCUCCACUGAGCCCCAAGCCGGGCCCAGGGCUCAGCCAAGGGGCGAAUCCCGCCAGGCGCCUGUCCCCUCUGCCGGGCUCCAAGGGGGAGAAGAUUCCCCAGCUGAAAACAGCCGGGAGAGACUCCCCUCCAAAAUCUGAACCUCUCACUGCCAACGACCUGGAUCUCCCUCCUCCGGACUACCCGACCUGCGAGGAUGACUGGAAGGAUGCCAACAACCUGAACAAGCUGCGGGACGAGCUCUCGGCCCUGCUGCGCUCCCCGCGCCGGGAGGAGAGGCCGCUGGAGAAGCCGGCUGCUCCCCAGCCCGUGGACAGCGGCCCCAGCCGUGCUGGCAGCCGUGAGCCGGGGCUCAGCGAGCCCCAGCUCGCCCGCAAGGACACGGGGUUAUCCAAGGGAGGGGAGAGCGAGAAGAAAGCGGUGCCCAGCAGCCCCCCCAGCACCAGUGGGGGCUCUCCCAGCGCUGCAGUCACCGCCCCAGAGAGCAGCCCUGACACACAGCCCCGCAGCGUGAUGACGAUCAGGAACGAGCUGGAGGCUGUGCUGUCCCUGAAGAAAGAGGGGAAACCUGCCCCAGGGCUCAGCAGCCAGAAGCAGGGUGUGGAGAAUGGCAUCAGCACCCCACAGGUGAGGAAGAGCUCUCCUGACACGAGUGACUCAGUGGUGCCAAAACCAGUCCCCAGCCCGCUCCCAGCCCCGGCGGCUGCUGUGGAGAAGGAUGAGACAGAUCACGAGGAGCAUCCUGCUCCUGCUGCCGCCAAGGUCACAGAGGACGUGAGCCCUGCUCCUGGGUCCCUCAACAGCAGCGUGAGUCCCCCAGGCCCACCCCAGGGACCGGCAGAGGAGUCCCCAGCUCCCAGCCCCUGCUCAGCCCCUGUGUCCCCUGCACAGAGCCCGGCACCACAGCCCAGCUCGGCCGUCUUCCAGUACAAAGUGCACCGGGCUGGGGCCAGCUCGGCCGAGCCGCCCUGUGCCCCGGGCCCAGCUGAGCCCCCCUGCCCCAGGAGCUCGGGCAGGAGCCCCCCGGACGCCUCGGGAGCGGGGCAGGAGGAGGUGCUGAUCCACCCGGUGACGGGGGAGCGCGUGGAGCGGGGCUCGCCCAUGGCCCUGCUGCUGGCGGCCCGGCAGCGUGCCCAGCGGGGCCGCCAGGGCGGGGACGGGGCGGCCGCGCUCAGGGCGAAGCCCCCGCCGAGACUCAGCAGUGCCUCGUCGGACACCACCCCCACCAGCUUCUUCCGCCACGAGUCCAAGCCCUAUUCCUUCACCGUGGUGCCUCGGCCGUCUGCGGCCAGUCCAGCGGGGAGCAAAGCCCCCUCCUUCUCCAGCUCCUCGGAGCAGGGCCGGGACGUGCGGGCGGCGGGCGAGGCGCAGCCCCCCGGGCCCUGGCGAGCCGCUGCCUCCAGCCUGCUCCGGGGCCUGCUGGACUCGGGGCAGCCGAGCCAGCCCGGCCCGGCCCGCCACGGAGCGCCCGGGGAGGAGGAGAACGGGGACACGGCGCUGGACUUCGGCAUUAUCCCCCCACCCCCUGAAUUCAGCAACGAGGUGGACGAGGGUCCCCUCCCGAGUCGGGAGGAGAACCGCAAGUGCCCCAGCGUCCCUGACAGCAGCCGGGGCUCGGGAGAGCCGCGCUAUUUCAGGUGGGCUGGCUACAGCCGCAUCUACGGGGGCAACCAGGAGCCAGCAGCUCCGCUGGCCUCGGAGAAGAGCUGGAGGAACGGCGACUUCACACCCCAGAACGCGGGUUACAGCAGCUCCACGAGUUUCCCCAGCCACGGCCCCAACCCACGCCCGCUGAUCAAGAAGCGCCUGUACGUGUCGGAGCCCGACAGCUCCUACCCCCGGGCAGCCGCAGCCCCCCGGGCCUCGGGCACGCUCUCCUCCACCCUCUCCUCCUACGGCCCCGGGGGGUUCAGCCCCACGCCCGGGGAGGGGUCUCGCCGCCUGGGCCCUCCCCACAGGAACGGCCCCUCGAGCGCCCAGGGCCGGCGGGCGUCCACGGACGCGGCUGGGAAACCCACGGCGUACGGCGGCGCCGAGGCCAAGUACAAGGGGCACAACGGGGACUUCUCGCCCGCCAGCGUGCUGACGGCCAGCAGGCCUGCCCACGGCACCUCGCACUACGGGGGACCCUCCAACACCUUCACGGUCAGGCCGGGCACCCGGCAGCCCAUCUCCUACGCCUACCAGAGCCACCGGUAGGCCGGGCCCCGGGGUGCCCCGCCGGCGGCCGGCCGGGAAGGGGCCAGAAGGUGCCUGGCUUGGUCCUUUCCUUCCCUACGGGCACCAGGGACGGCCCCAGCCCAGCCUGAAAGUGCACUUGCUCGAAACUGCUGACGGAGAAGGUGGGGACUGAGCCCGAGACUGGACUUUUCCCAAAAGACUGCCAUGGAGAGGAGUUACUGCGGAGGGCAGGCCGCUGCCUUGUUACGUGAGCAAACGUGGUUUCCCUUUUUCCCAUUUUUCCCUCCUGGAUUAUUUUCAGAAUUGCAGCCUGAUAGGCUGUCUAGGAAAGCCAAAGAGCAUCCUCAACUCUCCUUAAAGAGCAUCACCACUGGAAAGACUGAUUUCGGUUUGUUUUUUAAUUGCUUUAGCUCCAGCAUGUUUGGGAGCAGGGAGAAACCAGCUGAGAGGUGUGCACAAUGGAAGCAAAGCAGUGUGUAGCUAAAUGUCAGGGAUUAAAAUAAGAAUGUGAGGCCAGUGGGAUAGGAGGAGAGUUUAGGAUGCCUAGGUCCUGACCCUUUCUGUCCUUCAAGAGUUUGGAGCAAAUCAAUUCUGCCUCAAACCCAGCUCUGAGCAGUCAGUGCCCGUCCUGCCACGCCGGGCUCUGACCCUUCUCCAGGAGCAGCUUCGGGAGCAGGGGCCUUGCUUUGCUGUGCCUUUUGGUCGCUGUAAAUGUUUCUGUUGGUAAUUAUUCCUCGAGGAAGGAGGCUGUGAGGCCUGGCUGGAAGGCUGUGCAUCACUUUGGAGAUGUGGGACACGGAGCAAUCCUUUUCCUUGGGCUGGUGGGUGCCAGCGACUCGCCCAGGUGCUCUCCCCGAGGGCUCUCUUGCCACUUCACACCCGUGUGACCCCAAAGUGUCCUCAUUAACUGUUCCACUGAGACUUGGCUUGCAUGUGCCUGAUUUGGGGACCGAGAAGCUGAAUUUCAGUGUGACUGUGUUUAUCCUGUGGCGUGUGGGGUGUCUGCAGGGACACCCCGAAGGGAGCUGGCUCCUGCUCCUUCCCUCAGAGCUUUCCCAGGUGCUGCACGUGCAGACCUGGCCCUGCUGGUGCCUGUGCAGGGGUGGGAGCUGAGAGCAGCCCUCAGGAGGGUUUCAGCUUCCAGAGUGAGCAGUGGGCUCUCACGACAGCUGACCUGAGUUGUGAAUAGCCAACUUCCUGAAACUACAAACAGAGACUCUUCCUCCUAGGUAAACCUGCUGAAAAUCACUGUAAGAUAACUGUAAAAACUUGUAGAGAAUUUUUUCUUAUCACUGAUAAACUAAAAGCACUUUGAGACAUGAGUCUGUUUUUAUGGAAAGCACUUUCUAUUUUCAAUGCUAUAAAUACCACUGGUUCCACUCCAGCUUACGCUGCCUGGCACACACCUGGAUGUGGCCUGCAAGCAGAUCUUGCUCUACAAUUCAGCUCAAAAUCAGGGAUAAAUUUUCCUUCACAGUGGAAUUCUGAAAAGUUAUCUUGGUAUUUGAGUCAUGUCAUUGACAUUCUGUGUUUUGUGUUAUUUCCAGCUUUACCUAAUAAUUUAACAGCCCUUUCAGAUACUGCAGCAGCUUUAAAGUAUUCUGAACUUCACUUUGCUGUGAAUAAAAUGAAAAUGCAAAUACAAUAAUCAGUCUAAUAGCUAAUUCAAAGGGCAUUUUUAUGCCAGCAAGUCAUAGUGACUUAGAAGAUUUCCAUUGCUCACCCCAGCCAGUAUUGAAAUAAUAGGCUUUUAAUAUCUGGGUGUUGGUUUUAAAAAAAUAUUUAUGGAGAAAAGUGACUAUGGAGUAACUAUAAGGACAUUUAAGUGUGCCAAGUGUCAUGUGGAAUACCAGCUGCCCCAAAACAUGGAAUUUUCUCCAUGCAAGGAGCAUCUUGAGCACUCUUAUUCAUCUGUAGAAGUAAAUCCAUGAUCCUCCUUGAGGAGCUUCAGGGUCAUGUUUUGGUAUUGGAUGAAGUUUCACCAGUUUAACUUGAAAGCAAGCAAAGAAGCCUCUUUGAUAAUGUUGCAACUUCAUGGUUUUUUUUUUUUUUCUUCCAGAUAGUUGUUUUUUUUUUUUUUUCAAAAUAAUAAGCUAUAUUUGCAAAUGAGCUCUCAGAAACAAUUUUAAGGCUGGGUGGGCAAUUUCAGCUUUUGAUACUGACUUUGCCCAGAAAUGGAGGGGGCAGGGGGGUAUGUGUGCAAUGUUCCACCUCAAGAAUUCUUCCAAAUUACAAUCUCCCCAACACAAGAUUUUUUUCUCUUUUAGAGAAAAAUGUGACACUCCAAUGUUGGUACCUGCUUUAAAUGUCUCAUUUACUACUUCACCCAGACACACAAUUCACAUGUAGGUGAAAUAUGGUCUUAGACACUUCGAGUGUCUCAUUUCUAGCAGACAUAGCUGUUUUAAUUUAGUAUUAGAAGUGUGAUAAUAUAAGUGAGCUUUAUAAAAUAGCCACUCUUCAUUCGAGAACACCAUUCAGGACUGCACAGGGGACUGAGCUCUCACUAGAUCAGGCUGGACUCUCCUCACACUUGUAGGACUGGUUAGCGUGCAGGUUUUCAGCAGCGGGGCUCUUGUACUCUUCAAACACUUUGGACUAUCCCUGCUUCCUUUGAAUGCAUUCAGCAAAGUCUGGUAUUUCAGGAAGGACCACCGUUGAUUCCGUGUGACAAAGGAACCACUGUCAGAGCUGUUGGCAGCCAAAGCAGCCGGGGACAGAGUUAGAUCUCUCAGGAGUGAGGGCUGCAGGGAUGGGGACGAGCCCCUGUUCCUGGGGCAGUGUCAGGUACGUGGGUAAACUGUCCUCCCACUCCUGCUCCUGCUCCUCCCAGCUCUUUCACUCCAGAAAUUUAGCAACAGAGUAAGAAACAAAACUAAGGGGUAUUAAUGGAGCAAAGCAUUGCUGAGAGCAAUCCUGAAGCCUGAGUGUGGAAUGAUUCUCACUUCACUCUCUCUGAUGCAGUGUGGUAAUUCAAGUCGUGAUACAACUGAAAUUAUCCCCUGCAGCUGCCUCUUCCUCACAAGUUCCUGCUUGGGGAGUGUAACAAAGCUUUAGCUGUAAAGUAUUGAACAAAGUCUCUUAUUUAUGAGUGCCAUUGAACACCAACCUUCUUGCAUUAAACAUUUCUGGAUGUUUUA